ACAAAGUACUUCUCUAAUAUUUUUGUGGCAUAGUUUUACUACUAUCAAAUAAUUUGUUGCUUGUGGCAACCAAUGCAAUGUUUAUACAAUGAAAAUACAAACAAAAUAUAUUGUUCGACGUAAAGAUGUUUAUUGUUUGAGGAAGCAGACAAUCCUAUUUGUGGGACCAAAUAUUCGUUUGUUUGCUCUAUUUCAAAAGACAAGUUUGCCUCAAUUAAAAAAAUUGUAUUAGAUCCAAAGAAUUCAUUUUUCUCUCUUUACCGACACAUGGUCGAUGUAUUGGCAUUCUAAGGAUUAGUCGCAUGUAAAAAAUGGAACGUGGAUAUAACAGCGUAAAAUCAAAAUGGGAUCAAUAUCGAUGGCGCCAAAAAAUAAAGAAAAUAGCAGUAAUAGGCGGAAGAAGCAGGAGGACGAGGACGACGAGGAUUAUCGAAAGCGAAGGGAUCGAAAUAAUCAAGCUGUGAAGCGAUCCAGGGUGAAGAGCAAAUUACGCACGGAACAUACCCAAAAGCGGGUUACCCAACUGAAGAUAGAGAAUGGAUUACUGGAGGAGAAGAUCAAGAUGCUUACUAAGGAGCUAGGCUUCCUCAAGGAUCUCUUCCUCGCGCAUACAGGUUCCAAUCAGCACGCCAUAAAUGUUCAAGAUCUAAAUCUAAAUGAGGUCCUAGCGGAUAGACCUGAAGAAGAAUUAGCAGAAACAAUCACCGAGUCAUAAACCCAGCGCAAGCGCCACGUGAAGCAAUCAACGUGGUAUUGAUAGACCUGAGGAAAUACUCUGGCUCGUUUAAUCGAAACAGCGAGUGGACAUCUUGGAAAGAUGUCCGCUUUAAAUUCAUUGUGUCAAAAGUCGAGACGCGGUUUCCUGCGAACACGAGAGCCUUCGGAGUUGCAACGUCGUCGGUGAAUUAUUACCCGCUAAAUUUACAACGUGUUUAAGUGACGGGAGGUGACGGGGGCAAGGGGCGAGAAAAUGCGAGACAUGGCAUCUAUCUCCGCAAUAAUGGAGUAAUAUUCGAGUGCGCAAGAAUUCGUUUUUCUCAUCGCCCAGCGGAGACAAAACGACGAUGCAAUAAAUAGUGCGAAAAAAAAUAGUGAGAAGUUUCUGCAGGUGUGUACCAUUGUACAUACGUUAAUAUUACGUACGACUCAUACGUUUCUACACGUGACUUUUAUUUCGCGAAAUAAUAGUCUCAAGAGAUAUGUACGUAAAAAGUACUCAUACAAUACAUUAUAAAUACAUAAAAAGUAAAACGUAAAUAAAUGCAAACGUGUUUCGGAUGUCGUUAAGAUUAAAUUUAUAUUAUCUCAAUGCUGUAUAUUUAAUUUUGUUAUAAAUCAUGAUUGUUACAUAUACAUGCGCGUAACACGUGGCGGAAGAAUUCUUUCGAGUAAAUCGUGAACACACAUAUGUUUGACUUGAAUUUAGAGUAGGAAAGGUAUAUGUUUAUAACUUGGGUAAUCCCAAUACUUAUUUCUCAACACACAGAAUAGUAUAUACAAAUGUUGCGUGUAAAUAUAUAUAAUUACAUAAUAAGAAGUAUAUAUAUGUUUAACUUUAAGAUAUAUUUAUGCAUCAAUCUUCUAUUCAUAUCGUGUAUGUGAGCACGUAAAAAUUAUAUAGAUAUUGGAAAUAAAAAAAUGUAUGAAAAGAA